CUCUUUUUUUCUUCCAUUCCACUUUCUUCUUACACAUUCUAGGAGAAGAGGAAAGAAAAGAAUCAAGAAUCGCUUCUAAUUUUCCUUUGUCCUGCAAAAACACAAUCAAAAACUUAAACCCUAAGAUAAUCAAGAUGAAUUCAAACUUAGUUCGAUCUGUAAUUCGAAAAUCACUUUUUCAAACAGGAAUUUCACAAACUCGUUACAUUUCAUCAUCAUCAUCAACAUCCAUUAUCAGAUCUUCUUCAGAGAAUUUUGUUAGAGAGAGGAGUUCGAGUAAUUAUUUUUCGUUGUAUCGAACUUUGAGUUCUAAAACUGAAUCGGUUUCGACUACUGAGUUGGGAUCGGCUUCUGCUGCGAAAGUUGAAGCUGCUUUAGUAAAGAAAGAAGAGCAACAGAAGAAGAAUGAUUCAGUUGGAGGAGAGAAGAAGGAAACUAGUGUUGUUGUUUCUAGUUAUUGGGGAGUUUCUAGACCUAAAGUUACUAGAGAUGAUGGUACUGUUUGGCCUUGGAAUUGCUUUAUGCCAUGGGAGACUUAUAGGGCUGAUGUGUCAAUAGAUCUGGGUAAGCACCACGUACCCAAGACAUUUUUGGACAAGUUCGCUUUUAAGACGGUUAAACUUCUUAGAAUUCCAACAGAUGUCUUUUUCCAGAGAAGGUAUGGUUGUCGUGCCAUGAUGUUGGAAACAGUAGCAGCUGUUCCAGGAAUGGUAGGAGGCAUGCUUCUCCAUCUCAGAUCUCUCCGAAAAUUUCAACAUAGUGGUGGUUGGAUUAAGGCAUUACUUGAAGAAGCCGAAAAUGAGAGGAUGCAUUUGAUGACUAUGGUGGAGCUUGUACAGCCUAAAUGGUAUGAGAGGUUUUUGGUUCUCACUGUCCAAGGAGUCUUCUUCAAUGCCUUCUUUGCUAUGUAUCUGCUUUCACCUAAGCUUGCUCAUAGAAUUACCGGAUAUCUGGAGGAGGAAGCAGUUCAUUCUUACACAGAGUUCUUGAAGGAGAUUGAUAGUGGUAAAAUUGAAAAUGUUCCAGCUCCUGCUAUUGCUAUAGACUAUUGGAGGCUACCCAAGGAUGCAACUUUAAAAGAUGUUAUAAUUGUGAUCCGAGCAGAUGAAGCUCACCAUCGGGAUGUCAACCAUUUUGCAUCUGACAUUCAUGCCCAAGGAAAGGAAUUGAGGGAUGCUGCAGCUCCUCUUGGUUACCAUUAAAAUUGUUCCCAUAUAUUCUUUCAUGUCAGUUCAUCAGUUUGAUGUAUGUGUCCCUGACAGUUGUUUGCUUAGUUUGCAAAAUUUUAGUGUAAAAGAUUUGCUUGGGUGAUUAAAUGAUGUCAUCUACGUUGUCAAUAUAAGAUACCACUCCAGAGUCCAUACCAUAUAACCUUGAUGCUUGCUACGGUCUGCAAUGUACUAUACCUUUAUGAUCAUUUUGAGUCUGGUGUCUUCUGCUUGAUACCUAGAUCCGUAAAACUAAUUAUUCAACUAUUGAGGA